UCCCUCUGCCAUGGUUAUCGAUCACACUAACUAUGCUGUCUCUGACACCGAGGGAGAUCAUACAAUGAUUGCCUCGGAUGAUUUUGUUCAGUCUGAUGUGAUGUUGGGAAGUGCAAAAAUGGAGGCCCCUGUACUUUUCAAAGGGAUUGGCCAUUCAUUAAAUUCUGCCAAUAACUUGGCUAUGAAAGUUCUUGGAGCCUCUCCUUCUGCAUAUUCUGCUAAUCCAAAAUCCAAGUUGUCAAAUCCUCCGUCCCUUACCGGAUCUGCUAUAUCAUUGGUUUCAGUUGUGCAGGUCAUUUUUUGUUGUUUUUUUUUCUUUCUGCCUUGGAGUUUGUUUAAGCGAUCUCUGUAAUGCUUUUUGCCUAUA